ACAUCAGUUAGAUUUGUUUUCUCUGCGGUCUAUAUUUUAUAUUAAGACAUGUCUGAGUUUGUCGAUAAAAAUUAUAGAAAUAGGUGUAGCGAAAAGACUUUACAAACCAACAAUAAUGGCUUCUUUAUGGAUUUUGUUAAUUUGGUUAAAGAAACCGCUGGCGAAACUUGGAUCCAAAAGAAAUUUGGACAGUUAAAAACUGAUAACGAACGGAUAAGAAGCAUAUAUGAUUCAGAAGAGACAAAACACAUCGUUCUAAAACUAUUGUCCAACGUUCGAGAAGUAUAUAGGAAAAAAGAUGGUACAAUUUCAAUUCUGAGAAGGCUUGAAGCUGAAUCUGCAUUUGAAAGUGGUGAUUUAAACAAAUCAUUAUUACUUUACAGUCAAAGCGUUUUACGUGCUCCCAAAACAGGAGAAUGCAAUAAUUAUGAUUCUGGCUUAACACUCUCGCUAGCUUUAUGGGGACGUUGUAAACUACUCAUAGCUCUACAUGAAUACUCUCUAGCUCUUACUGAUGUCCAACAAGCUCUUAAAGAACACUUACCCACCGUUUUUAAGGCAGAAGCUUAUUGGAAAAUGGCUAUUUGUUAUAAAGCACUUAAAGAAGAUAAAAAAUCCAAAGUAGCUUUUGAUUUAGCUGAAAAAAUGUUAGAAUCUAACGAGCGGAUAGAAGAAUUAAAGAAAGAUAGGGAAAUGAUUAUUCAGUAUCUUGAAAAGAAAGAUAUUAAAAGUCUUCCAACAUUGGAUAGCGUAUAUCACGAACAAUUUCCAUGCGCUUCCAAAAAACUUACGGUAAAAAGUGCAGAAAAUUUGGGUAGAUUUGUGGUAGCAAACGAACAAAUUAAAACAGGCGAAACAUUAGUGGUAGAACCUCCGUACGCGGCUUGUCUGUUACCAGAAAUGUUCGGAACACAUUGCCACCAUUGUUUUGCUAGGCUACGUGCUCCUAUAGGAUGUCCAGAUUGUGCCAAUGUGGCUUUUUGCAAGCCAGCUUGUAGAGACGCAGCUCUUUCGUCUUACCACGUCCACGAAUGCAGGUAUUUGGAUCUUCUUAUCGGCUCAGGUAUGAGCAUCCUUUCGCACACAGCCCUGAGAAUGAUAACCCAGCAGAGUUUGGAAAAAUGUUUAGAAAUGUAUAAAAAUAGAUCGAAGGAAAAGGUGUUUUCUCUGUGUACGAACAGCGAGAAAAGAGAAGCGGGUGAUUUUUUACAAAGAUCCUUAAUGGCAGGUUUUUUGUUGAGGUGCCUUCAGAAAUGUGGAUAUUUUAGUACGAACGGAGGUAAUGUUGUACCAAGCGAUGAAGAAUUUGUAAUAGGAGAACUACUACUUUUUAAUUUACAAAUGUUGCAAUUUAAUGCCCAUGAAAUAUUCGAACAAGUUACGACGUCAGAUCGUAAUUUAGAAGGAUCCAAAUUAUCCUACAUCGGAGUUGGUAUAUACCCCACCGUGGCAUUAUUUAACCACGAUUGUUACCCAGCAGUUACAAGAUAUUUUGUCGGAAGAGACAUAAUAAUAAAAGCACUAAGGCCUCUUCAACCGAACGAUGUGGUUGCGGAGAAUUAUGGACCGAUAUUUUCUAGAAAAUUAUUGCAAGACCGACAGAGAAGUUUAUCGUCACGAUAUUGGUUCCAGUGUCAAUGUAAUGCGUGUACUUCUAACUGGCCUUUGAUGGAUGGAUUGGAAAAUGUAGAUAAAAGAGUAAGAUGUACUUCUCAUAACUGCACCAGUGUCUUUACUCUUCCGUUAUCAAAUAAUUCAGCCGCUUGUCCUAAAUGUAAAAAGAAUGUGAAAUUGGAUGAAAGUAUAAAGUUACUAAACUGGUGCGAGGAACAAUACGAAAUAGGAUUCGAAUUUAUGAAGAAUACGGAACUUUGUAAUGCAAUCAAAGUGUUUUGUGAAGCCAUCAAUGUUUUUCAUAGGAUUUCUUGUCCACCUCACAGGACAACGCAUUUAGCUCAAGAAUCGUUGCAGCUUUGUUUAUCUUCGUUUGGAAAUAGUUCUAAUACGUUAACAAAAAAAUGAAUUAACUGUUUUUAUUAUUAAUUAAACAAAUCAA